AUGUCCUCGUCCACACCAGGCAGGCGGCGUCGACCACCCCAAGAAUUCACCCUCCCCUCUGGCAAAAAGGUCAUUGCCGCGCUCGCAGACGCAGUCCCAUCUCUGCGCAGGCAAUACUACAACAGCAAUGACGAUGUCGAGAUUGUAGUUCAAGGAUCAGCCGAGCACGCCAACUAUCUCAAACAAAGCCGGCAGCACCAUGAGAGUCGUCGUGCAGAGCUUAAAGAGCGUCACGGCACGGCAUUCGAUGAGUGGGAAGAUGUCCAGAACCAAUUGAAUUCCGUAACCGCUCAAUUGUCGCGCAUGUCCACGAAUAGGUCUGGACUGCAUGGAAACUAUGGCAAGUUCGGCUUCGAUGCUGGUGUAAGAACAUAUGAUGAUGACGACGGCGAGGCGAAUGGGUCUGGAGAGGGUAGGGAGCGAGCCAAUGAGACUCAUCACGAGGGGUAUCGACAAGCGUCAACUAUUAAACUGGCCAAGCGGCCGGUGGUGAGGCAGUGGUUUCAUAGGAAUGUCCUGUGGAGAGGGUCAGAGCAGACCGAGAUCAUGGCCGUUGAACUAUUCUUUGACCUUUUAUACGUUGGUAUUAUACACAGCAACGGCGAGCACAUGUCCGAGGAGCCGAAUGGUGAGGAACUGCUGCGGUUCGCCGUGACGUUUAUCAUGUCGUGGAAGAUCUGGACCUACAUCACCAUGGCGCUUAGUUGGUUUGAAACCGACGAUGUGCUGACAAGGCUCGAGAUCUUGUUCGAAAUUGCCUGCCUGUUGGCGUGCGUUCUCCCAAACCUCACCUCACUGCGUCAGUCAGCUAACAGUUGUAGCUUCACCACCAACAUGACCAACUGCUUUGUCGAUGAUGCCGCCCACAAUACCUACACCCAACUUGUAUCAUUCUACCUCGCCGCGCGCCUCCUGUUCGCCGUACACUACGCCGUAAUCGCCUACUUGGUCCCCAUGGUCCGCGGCGCCAUGAUCACAUCCGCCAUCACCGUCCUCGUCCCAUCAGCACUCUGGAUCGCCAGCAUCCACGUCGAAAUUCCCGGUCGUCUAGGUCUUAUCUGGCCCGCUCUCGCCCUCGAUAUGUACGGAUCAGGAAUCUUCAUCGGCCUGUUCCGCUACGCCCGUAGCGCCGGCGCAGACACGUCCAUGGGCAAGAAGAUGAACAAACUGUUCGAGUUUUAUCCCGCCAUGAACAUCGAGCAUAAAGUCGAGCGGAUGAACGCCUUUGUUUCGCUAGUCUUGGGCUACUCCGUCGUAGGAAUCUUGUUCCAGAGCAAUGGCGGGUACAAUGUGAAUGCGUUUCUGGGAAAGGCGGUAUUGGGGCUUAUGCAGGCCUUUUUCUUCAAUUGGAUUUACUUUGACGUGGAUGCGAGCACAAUCAACGUACACGCAAUUCGACAUUCCGCCAACGGAGCCAUCCUAUGGCAAUUCGCCCAUCUCCCCUUCGUAAUGGGCUAUAUUGUAGCCACGUCUGCGCUCUCCACGCUCGUCCUAGCCCUCGACGUCCCCAACACCGAGCGCGACCAACUGCGCCCUCCCUACUCGGUGCGAGCGGAGGAACACUUCAGCAGCGGUGUCCGUUUCUUCUACUGCCAGGGACUAGCAAUCGCCCUGCUCUCAAUGGCGGCCAUCUCCCUGAGCCACUCACACCGCACACCCCCUACGAUGCGUCUCUCCAAGCCAGUCCGCCUCAUCAACCGCGUGCUAGUCUGUAUCAUCAUGAUCUUGCUCCCCAUGGCUAGCCAUCUGAACAGCUUGUCUCUCAUUUCCACCACCUUGGGUCUGACGGCGUAUGUGUUGAUUGUUGAGCUGUGGGGGAAGUCAUGUAAGGAUGAGAGCUUCUUUCCUGGCAGACGGGAUGUUUCCAAGAUGCGGGCCAUGGCCGAUGCGAAGAGGGCGGAGGCUGAGGCUCAGGGUACGGAUAACCCGAAUCCGGGGCAGAUUAGAGCGGACAGGAUGCCUCUUAAUCAGAAUGAUACCGCGGCCUUUUGA